AUGCAGCUUGCCGCAGGCAGAUGGCACGUGCGUGGCAUCCGCCUGUGCGGCAUGGGCGAGACGGCCCUUAUGGACCUGACUCCCCUCCCGCCUCCUCGCCGGCUGACUGUGUGCACCGGCGUCAUGUUCAAUGCAGGACAGCGGAUUCCAGAAUUUCCUGGUAGCAUCCCACUGCUGAGGCAGUGGCUUGAUUUCCAUGAGGAGCUUGGGGUUGAGCACUUCGUGUUGUACGACUCGGACGGCUCCGCAGCUCCAGAGGCGGAUGGACGCCCUGGCAAGGUUACCUACUUCCCACGUUGGCCAUCCCACUUGUCGGCAAAGUUGGGUGAGAUCAGCGUGACACCACAUUGCCGACACUGCUUGAGUGUGCUGGCGGAAGCGCACUGCUUGUUCAACAGCCGUGGCCUUUCCAACUGGGUCAUCACCCUCCACAGCUUUGAUGCAUACUUGGCGCCUACACCAAGUUGGGGAGGCCACGCGCUGGGAUCCUUGGGCAGAAUCUUGAAAGAACUGGAGCGCAAUCGACCCGAAAUUGGAGUUGUGCCAUUGGCAAUGAUCGACUUCGGGGGUGCUCCCUGGAACUCAUCGAUUCUUCUUGAGCGAUUCCAGAUGCGCGCCCAGCAGCCCGUGCAAGUCCUCGCCGAGAUUGGCCGUGGCAAUCCCCGAGACGAUUGCUGGUUGAACCAUCCGGGCGUGACGCUCCGCAACCCGGAGAACGUUUGGGGAGUCUUGGACCACUACGCAAGAUCUGCACCCGGUGCUAUGGAUGUGGAGAUGCCACACGAGCUGCUACGGGUCAACCACUACGUCGACAUCUUUGGACAGCGCUGCUCCAGCAGAUUCUGGCACUGCACGGUGCUCGACACUGGCUUAUUGUGGAUGUUACCAACACUGAGAGCCAGAUACAGCACAUGA